UUAUACAUUACUCAAUAAGCAAAAAAAACCUUGCAAUAUGGUGAAAAUAACUAGAACUUUAUUGUUGAUCAUUUUCUCCCUAUUAAUUUCCACACCAAAUUAUGCAAACGCAAGAAAUCUAGGCAUCGAAAAGGUCGCUAGGCUGCACGUGUUCGUGCACGAUUUCCGCGCUGGUGGGCCCAACGCGACAGUCUUCACUGUCGCGAACGCGUCCAUCACAGCCACGUCACCCACAGGGUUUGGGAGCGUGCGUGUGGUGGACGACCUCGUGACGGUGGGGGCGGACAUCAACUCGGCCGCCGUGGGGAGAGUGCAGGGGCUCACCGUGUCGGCCGACUUGAUGGUCAACGCUGUCGCGGUCAACCUGAACUUCGUCUUCGCGUCGGGGAAGUACAACGGGAGCACCGUCAGCGUCGCCGGGAGGAACGAGGUGCUCCUGCCGGCGCGUGAGCUGCCGGUGAUUGGCGGGACCGGCGUUUUCCGGCUGGCGCGUGGGUAUGCGACCACGAGCACGUAUUCUUUCGAUGUGGCGAAGAAUUAUGCGGUGCUUGAGUACAAGAUUUAUGUGGUUUACUCUGAUGUUCGGUUUUAGGGCUUUUGAUGUGGUAUAAUAUGUAUUUGUUUUUUUAUGUGUUUUUGUGGAAGUUAAGAAGGUACUAAUACUAUAUGAUUGGUUUGAUUAGAAUUAGGUACCACAACAAUAUAGCAUCGUUUGUAUAAGUUUGAAUUGGUAAUUUAAUUUAUUGAUGUUUAGUUGGGUGA